AUGACGCAAUCAAGUAAUAAUGGACAGGACAGCAGCAAUGAGAUUUCUUUGAUUCAUGCAAUGAAAAUGGCAGAUGUUGCGAGAAAGCAUUACCAUGGCGUUGAAAACUCGUCGCCAAGUGGAAUUCCACCGGGAGCAUUGCAGGGCGCCACGGCAUUUGUUCUAGCGGGUGUGGCGCUGCUGCCCGUGCGAAGACUACUACUGAAAAAUGCUGGGCACCAGGGAUUCAAAAAUUUUGUCGAUAUCAUCGCCAGUGUCGGAGGUACUCUGGCUGCAACACAGGCUGGCUUGGUGGUCGGUUCGUUGUAUGGAAGUAAGGUCUAUCUCGAUUUGUUGAAGGAAGAGCCAGUGACUUCGAAAUCACAACUUACUGACGACAUAUGCAACACCAUGUGGUCCACGGUUUUACCCCCGCACCUUCAUCACGCGAAAUCACCUUCUUGUGGUUCGUUCGAUCCAAGGCUGCAGCCUCUCAUUUCGCUACAAGAAGCCAUGCAGCAAUGCAACGCAAGGAAAGAAUACCAAGAGUCAUUAUCUUCAUAA